AUGCUGCUCGUGCCGGUGUACGGCAGAAGGUGCUCGCUUCGCGCAGCAAGCUGUGCAGGAAUAAUGAUGCCGGCGAUUUCACAAACAGACUUGCCGCCGGCUCGCAGAAGCGAGCUCAUUGUUCCAUGCCAUCGUCGGGAUCCCACUGCUUGCCGGAACAAAGCCAGAGAUGACGAGCCUAUCAAGGUAAGUCAGACCAAGAAGCAACGCAUUCGCACAAGUCCACCCGAGACAGCUCUUUCGCUGCCGUUUGCUCGUCCCUGA